AUGCCUGCUCAGCUUCUCCCGGCUUCCGCCGCGGCCUUUGCUCCUCGUGCCGCAUCAGUCAACGUCGUCCUUGGAUCAAAAGUGGAACCAUGGUUAACGCAGGCCCUCAAGCGCAUCAACAAGGUUAAGCGGCCGCUCAACAGCGUUCCUCAGCACCAGCGCUGCCUCACAGAACACCUCUCCAACGAGAAGGCCAUCUGGACGCUUGCCUCGUUGAUGCUCGCCAAGUCUCCCGAGGCAGAACUGCGCCAAGACGAAAACCCCCUGGUCGAGGCCCUCUUCAACUAUCAGCUAGUCCACCUCGAGGCCUACAUUGUGCACGUCGACAUGGUCCUGAGGAAUGAGGUCGCUUACAAGCUCACUCCGGAUACCAUCGAGUCCCUCAUCGAGCACCACAAGGACGUCUACUGUGUUGACAGCAAGGCUGCCACCUACGACUGGCCCGAGAAGGAGCAGCAGGCCAAGAAGCUGCACGAGGAUUUCGUACAGGCCAUCAACAAGUUUGUGUUCAGGACACACGUCUCUGCUCUCGAGGGCCUCGAGGAGGAAGGUGCCGGUGAGCUGCUUUGUGGAAAGAGCGAGGAGGUCAAGACCGCCGUCUUGGCACUCAUGAACAAGCCCCUCCUCCCUCCUCCUCCCAAGGUCGUCGAUGUCAUCCGCCAGCCACCUUUGCUGCCCAGUUCACCCGUUGGCAGCAUCUGGUCGCAAUCAACACCCUCGCCAGUCCUGAGCGCGCCCGUUGAUGCCUGGCGGAUAUUGCCUUCGAGCACCGGAGUCACGACCUCGGCUGACCAGACACCGAUCUGGGCCUCCAUGUCCAUGCACGAGAUGCAGUUGCCGUCACCUCCGUCGCCGUUCAGCCAGCCUUUCUCCACAGCCGGCAUGUUUUACAGCUCGCCGAUGGUGUCUGCCCCCAUCCCGACGCUCCCCUUGCCCAGCAUGCUGGCACCGCAAUGCGGCAUCAGCACUGGCUUUGGUGGUUUCGGCUGGGACCGGUACCAGGAGUAUGCUGUAACCAUGUGA